AUGGGCGUAAUGGCGUCUACAAAGCAAGAAUGGCGGCCGGCUAGAGAUGGACGAUAUACAUCGAUUUAUUUAAAAAACUCGAUGUAUAAUGCGCUGCUUGCUGAUCUUCAAAACUCAAUCAACCCUGGCGCCCGGGUCGGUAGUCCGGGUGGCAGAAGCUCUCCAGGAGGAAGAACUACUUCCCCUGGCCGGACCAGUUCACCGCUUGGCAGAGGAAGCUCGCCUGGUCGCUUAAGCUCUCCUGGAGGUAGCCUAAAUUCGCCAUCAUCGACUGGAUACGGAUCUAUCAAUGGCUCUAGAAAUAUAUCUGCAGAUUAUACUAAACCUGCUUCGCCUACAUACCAAAACACGUCAGCAAUAUACGAGAAAGCUGUGCCAACAAAUUAUGGCAACACACAGACAGCCUACAGCAGUCACACGACGAACUACAACGCCCCACAACCUGGAUACGGCAGGACUGGUGGAAGAGGUAACCUGACCGAGCUGGACACUCUACUCGAUGACCUGAGCAAUGCGAGAUACGGGAACUAUAUGGAGAAGACCUCGUAUAAUGAAAGAACUGGUAGUUAUCCGCGUACCAACGGCGCUACUAGUCCAGCAGCUUCCAGGCCCACGGUUGACUCGCUCCUCGACCAACUCAGUGCCGAUCUGCCCAAUGGUCGCGCCUCAACAUCGCCCGUUCCCCCGCCAUCGACCGGUGGGACUCUACCUCGCCCAGGCACCAAGCAAAUUACCGUCACCGUGCAAGAAACAGUGGUGGAACCAGCUCAAUCUCAGCAACAACCACCACCGACUAUGGCGACUAACGUAGUUCGACAUCAACACCACGCCUCCAACGCUACAAAGGAACUUGAUGAUUUGAUGGCGUCACUUUCCGAUUUUAAAGUAAGUCCUUUUUGAGGGCUAUUCUCUGUGAGCGGGACAGGAGGUGAAGACGGCGGCAUCCACGUUCAUCGCGAGAAGCGUGCGUGGCAAGAGCAAUACCGCAGCAACCCGCGGCAACCCGAAUCCGCCUCUCUCGAGCAUAUGCUCGGUUCUCUCCGUGCAGACAUGAGCCGCCAAGGAGUACAGACCCCCCAGAAGGGAUGCUGCAACGCUUGCGAUAAGCCCAUUGUCGGACAGGUUAUCACGGCGUUGGGUCGCACGUGGCAUCCAGAGCAUUUCACCUGCGCUCACUGCAACCAAGAGUUGGGCACUAGGAACUUCUUCGAGCGCGAUGGCAGACCUUACUGUGAACCAGACUAUCACAACCUCUUCUCGCCAAGAUGCGCCUACUGCAAUGGACCCAUCCUGGAUAAAUGCGUGACAGCCUUGGAAAAAACCUGGCAUACGGAGCACUUCUUCUGUGCCCAAUGUGGGCAACAGUUCGGUGAGGACGGCUUUCAUGAAAGGGAUGGGAAGCCUUACUGCCGCGCUGACUACUUUGACAUGUUCGCACCUAAAUGCGGCGGUUGUAGUAAGCCCAUUAUGGAGAACUACAUCUCAGCACUGAACACACAAUGGCAUCCAGACUGCUUUGUAUGCAAGGAAUGCCGCGAACCUUUCCAUGGAGGCUCAUUCUUCGAGCAUGAAGGUCAACCGUACUGCGAAACCCACUACCACGGCAAGCGCGGCUCCCUCUGCGCCGGCUGUCAUAAGCCUAUAGCGGGCCGGUGCAUCACGGCAAUGUUCAGAAAGUUCCAUCCAGAACAUUUUGUCUGCGCCUUCUGCCUCAGACAGCUCAACAAGGGGACCUUCAAGGAGCAGAACGAUAAGCCUUAUUGCCACGCGUGCUUUGAUAAACUCUUCGGUUAA